GGUGGACGCUGCGGUGCAUUUUCCUACGGCCGGGUUGGAUGCCAAACCCACGCCACGCCGCCCCCUGGUAUGGCCAAAUAACACUAUCAUAUGAUCCCCUCGUUCUCGUCCUCGGCCGUACAAUAACAGGGCCUCGUGCCUCCUUCCGGCUAAUUGUCCGUUCCACUGUUCCAUCCAUCCCCUCCCCGCCGCUCCCCGCGUAGCGGUGGUUGGUUGUGGCGUCCUCCUAGUCAUGGUCAUGGGCUUACUGGAUAAGCUGAGGCCGCGGGACAAGGAACCUGACGAACCUGUGCCGGAUUGCUGGACGGAAACCUGGGACACCGUUGCUCGAACAUGUCGAUUCGACGAAUUCGGCAAUCUCUCUGUGAAGGUUAUAGAUGAUUCCAGGCCAAUAGCUCAUCGGAUGGUCGAGUCGUUCAUGAAUAAAUUUUUUCCUUCUGGAUAUCCAUACAGUGUGGGUGAAGGUUACCUGACAUAUACCAAAUUUCGAGCAAUGCAGCAUUUUUCUAGUGCAGCCCUCUCUGUCCUGUCAACUCAGUCAUUAUUGUUUGCUGCAGGAUUGCGACCGACUCCUGCGCAGGCCACAGCAGUGAGCUGGGUUUUGAAGGAUGGAAUGCAACAUAUUGGAAAACUUAUAUGUAGCAAUAUGGGUGCAAGAAUGGAUUCUGAACCAAAACGAUGGAGGAUAUUUGCGGAUAUCCUGUACGAUUUUGGGACUGGAUUGGAAGUUCUUUCUCCCUUAUUCCCUCACCUUUUUCUUGAAAUGGCUGGAAUUGGAAACUUUGCAAAGGGAAUGGCAGUUGUUGCAGCAAGAGCCACUCGGUUGCCGAUAUAUUCUUCCUUUGCUAAAGAAAACAAUCUUAGUGAUCUCUUUGCUAAAGGAGAGGCCAUCUCAACACUGUUUAAUGUGGUGGGGAUGGGAGUGGGUAUUCAGUUAGCAUCUACAGUCUGUGCAUCAAUGCAAGGAAAGUUGGUAGUUGCUCCUUUGCUUUCCAUUGUGCAUAUUUAUAGUGUCACUGAAGAGAUGCGCGCUGCUCCGGUUAACACACUGAAUCCACAGAGAACAGCCAUGAUAGUAGAGAAAUUUAUCAAGACUGGACAUGUAUCUAGUCCUGCAGAGUUGAGGUACAGAGAAAGCCUUCUUUUUCCUGAUCGCUUAAUCAAAGAAGCUGGAAAUGUGAAAGUGGGAAGACGGUUACGUGAGGUUGUCAGAAUGCCUUCAAGAUUGAGCAAAGUUAAAGAGACUUUUCCAAUGGAAAAGUUUUUGUUAGUUUGUGGCAACAAGUGGACGGACAUGAUUUUAGAACAUGGUGCCACUGGUGAAGAUGCAUUAAGAGGGUGGCUGGUAGCUGCUUAUGCCACAGGAACAGAUAAUCUGGAAGGUAGAGCAAGCAUGGAGACCUUAUCUGAAGCCCAUGCGAAAAUGAACCUUGUUUUUCCUUCUUUCAUAGCAGAAGUGCAGAAAAGAGGCUGGCAUACAGACCAAUUCCUGGAUGGAUCAGGGAGCCGGUUCGCUUGGAGAUCUCCAACUGUUUCUGGAGCUGUUGCUUCAUCUAGUGGCUAAGCCCAAGUUAUGCUUUCUUACACCUGAUCUGGCUGGAAGUCAGCCAGAUAAUUGCAAGGCUCCGUAAAAGUUGUACAUCUCUGGUAGUUGAUUUUUUUGCUUGAAUUUCUAUAGUGGAAGGUAUCCAGUCGAAACCUUCUGUAAGCACAUUGGUCAUUCACUGCUUCUUAAAUAUUGUUGGACGCUGAUCAUUGCCUUGGUCCUGCGGCCGUCAUUAGCUACUUUAGCCAAUAUCCUACGGCUUAGAAGCAUCUGUCAUUUGGGUUCAUUUACCUGAGCCCGUAGUCUGCAGCUUAGAAGCGUGCCAUCACUUGGUUUCGUUUACCUGUUAUUUGUAGUGCUUAUUUGAAUUUGGCAUUAUGCCGCCGCAUUUUCUGGUGGACUUUCCUCAUCAGUAAAGCUGUUGAUCUUUUCAAACGCAUAAGAUAUGCUGCUAUGGUAAUUUAUAUUUGUUCAUGCAAAUUUAUAUCAGGAUGCAAAAAUAAUUAAAUGUAUUCGUUCGUUUGCAUGUGA